GAGCGAACAGCUCGCGCGGCGAGGGCGGGGGCGGAGGGCGGCGAGAAGAUGGCGGCCAAAGGCGGUAGGAACGGGCUGCUUGAUAAGUGGAAGAUCGACGACAAACCGGUAAAAAUUGAUAAAUGGGACGGUUCGGCAGUGAAAAAUUCUUUGGACGAUUCUGCCAAGAAGGUUCUCCUGGAGAAGUACAAAUACGUGGAAAAUUUCCGUUUGAUCGACGGUCGCCUCAUCAUCUGCACAAUCUCUUGUCUCUUCGCCAUCGUAGCUUUGAUUUGGGAUUACCUGCACCCUUUCCCUGAAUCCAAACCUGUUCUUGCCUUUUGUGUUGUAUCGUAUUUUGUGAUGAUGGGGAUCCUCACCAUCUACACCUCCUACAAAGAGAAGAGUAUUUUCCUGGUAGCUCACAGAAAAGACCCGGCGGGGAUGGACCCCGACGACGUCUGGCAACUCUCCUCCAGCCUCAAACGGUUUGAUGACAAAUACACCCUGAAGCUGACCUUCAUCAGCGGGAAAACCAAACAGCAGAGGGAAGCCGAGUUCACCAAAUCCAUCGCCAAAUUCUUCGACGCCAACGGGACGUUGGUGAUGGAAGCCUACGAGCCCGAGGUCUCCAAGCUCCACGACAGCCUGGCCCUGGAGAAGAAAAUCAAGUGAUUUUUCAUUUUUUUUCCGGGGAAGCGCUAAAUUAAGGCCAAUAAAGAAAAAAAAAGAAAAAAA